AUGAGCAGCUCCAGCCCCGCGACGAACCCCACGACGAACGCCGCGCAGACCGCCAACGCCGCUUCCAACCAAUCCACCGGAACGACGUCGCCCUCUGUCGCUGGCGCCGCUCAGCCCGCCGCCAAGUCGUACGCCAGUGCUGCGACAAAGAAGUCCGGUUCGCCUCCCGCGAUCGCUUCUAGCACUCCCCAAGUGGCGGUGGGCUCUGCACAGCAUGGAAAGACGGGCUCUGUGAACGGCAAAAGUCAAAUCCAGCCUGCCGUUCCGGCCGUCGGCGCUGCGCCGAUCGCCAAUGGAGCUCCUGCCCACGGACGCAAGCCCUCUUCCAUGACCAUUAGCGCCGCUGGCACCUCUGGCCCCAUGGCCAACGGCUCCAACGCUCGCCCAAACAUCAGCUUCGGUUCUAUGAACGCAGGCGGCUCGCCUGCCAUUGCCAACAGCGUUCCUCAGGCGUUGCCCAACAGCACGCCCAACCCGCGCAUCACCUCGCCUGCCACCUCUCCUUCACCCAUUCCGCAGCCGCCUGCGAGCGGCGGACGUCCUCCGGCCAGUCUGCAGGGCCAGGGCAACGGCUUGAGCUUUGGAUCCAUGGGCGGCGAAAAUGGUGGCCAAUCGGGCCGACCCGUUUCCAUGCCCCCACAGGGCCCACCGCCAAUGCCGCAAGCUCAACACUUGCGCCGCGAGUCCUCACAAUCUGCACACAGCGAUAUGAGCAACCCAGCUAUGAACCGCAACUUCGUGCCCCAGGCCGGUCGCGGUCGGGGUUACAAUGGAGGAUACAGCGCGCCCUCUCCGGGCCCGCAGUUCCGCCAACCCCUCAACCAGAUGCGCGGCCCUAUGCCUGGUCAAUUCCAGGGUCAGGGCGGUCCCAUGGGAUCACCCUACCGCCAGAAUCGCAGUCCCGCCUUGACCCCGGCUACCAUGCAGCAACAGGCGCAGUUUGCCAACCAACCGCAAAUGCCCCACGCGGGGUACCCUGGGUACCCACACCAGUUUCAGCCAAAUGUAAACAACAAAAAUCCCACCCUUGUCAGCACUUCCGGGCCAGUCGACACUCCAACGACUAGCCAGGAACCUUCGCUCUUCAUUCCAACCCCAGCUUCUGCACCACUUUUAGCAGUCUCUCGGACUGAACUUCAGCACACCUUCAAGACCCAACUUUCUUCUUUUCCAAAUAUUGAUCCGAAAAACGGCAAUUUCGAAGACUUUCUAACAGAACUCAAGGCCCAGGGCUUCUAUGGGAUGCAGCCUCAGCAUCUUGAUCCGACUCAGUUCAACCACUACUACCAACCCGCUCCAUACAUGCACCCCGGCAUGCCUUAUCAGACUGGUGCUCCCCCCAGUCCUCGCCCCAUGAACCACGCACCCCAUGCUGCACAGCCGUUCAUACCAGGUCAGUAUGCUGCGCCUCAUGCACAGAGCAUGUCGCGCACAAACUCGCAGGUUUCCGAACGCCCACCCUCGACCAUGGCAAACCCUCAAACGCCGUCGAUGGCUGCCGCUAGCCACGUCUCACACACACCUACUCAGAGCUCUAGCAGUCCCGCACCUUCUUCGAACUUUACGAUACCCGCGAGGACUAAGAGCAAGGGAAUUGUCAUCAAGAACCCUGAAGGUGAGGUCGUGACGUUUGAGAAGAAGUCUUCUUCCCCGGCUCCAGGGCCCUCCAAAUCUCCUAUCGUUGUUUCCUCCACUCCUACCCCUCCCCCACGCGCUCCCAGCGCCAAUUCUCAGCAUGGUCGGACGGACAGCAUUUCACAGAAGACUGCCGAGGAGAAGAAGGCGGAAUUCCAAGAACAGUUCCAGAAGCAGCUCGCUGAGGAAAGGCGCAGGAAGGAUGAAGAGGAGAGGUUAACCAAGGAGAAGAAGGAGAAGGAAGAGAAGGAGGCAGCGGAAGCACAGGCAGCCAAGGACAAGGCCGAAGCCGACGAGAAGGCCGCGAAGGAGCGCGAAGCUGCUGAGGCUGCUGCGAAGGAAGAGGCCGAGAAGAAGGCUAAGGAAGAGGCUGAGCAGAAAGCCAAGGAGGCAGAACAGGCCGCCAAGGAGGCUGAGGAGAAGAAGGCGAAGGAGGCUGAAGAGGAAGCUGCUAAGCAGGCCGAUGAAGCCACCAAGAAGGCUGAGGAAGAGCGCCUUCGUAAGGAAGAAGACGAGCGCCUCGAGCGCGAAAUUGCCGAGAUGGAGGCCGCUGAGCGUGAGGAAGAAGAGCGCGAGAAGGCUUUCCAAGAGAAGAAGCAGAAGCAGAAAGAAGAGGCUGAGGCCAAGGCCGCAGAGGCUGCCAAGAAGGCCGAUGAUGAGAUGAAGCGUCUUGAGCGUGAAGCAGAGGAGCGCGAGCUCGCGAAGGAGCGUGGCGAGUCGAAGGAGCAGACAGAGGAGGAUAAGGCCGAGGCUGCUAAGCUGUUCGCUUCCCUCAAGAAGCCGACCUUUGGACCUGCCGCCACUGAAGCUGCUUCGGAGGCCAUGCCCCCGCCUGCUCAGCCUGCUUCGAAGGCUGCUGCCGCCGCCGCCAAGCCCAAACCUGCUGCUCUCAAGCUUGAGACUCGUAAGCCUGUCGAGCCUCCGGCACCUACUCCCGGUAUGCAGGCCCUUAAGUCUGCCCGCUUCCUGAGAGUGCAGGCCGAUGAUCUCAAAUAUCCCGAGGGUGUCAAGUCGCCAAACCCUGCGCUUAACCAGGGCCGUGGUGGCAAGGGCUUCAAGUACGACAAGGACUUCCUGCUUCAAUUCCAGGAAGUCUUCAAGGAGAAGCCUUCGGUCGACUGGGACAACAAGGUCAGGGAAACGGUUGGCGAGGGCGGCGACUCUGCCCGCCCUGGAUCCGCUCGCACUCCUUCUGGCAUGGGCAGUCGCGGCUCUCGCAACACAAUGCCUCUUCCGGGAGGAUCUAUUGGCAAUUUCGCAAUGACCGGCGGCAACCGUACUCUGCCUCCUGGUACCACUUCCAAGGAUCGGUUCGCACUCUCCAAUGGCAUGGGUUCUCGCAGCUCUUCCGCCAACCCUAUGGCAAACUUUGGCGGUGCUCGCACUGGCAGUUUCCCCGGCGGAUCCCUUGCUGGUCGUUCUGCCUCGUCUUAUGCUCCUGCAGUCAACAACUCGCCUCGCUCUGGCAGUGGUCGCAAGCAGCAGAGCCGUCGUGGCAACCCUUCAAGGAGGGAUGAGGAGAAGACCAUGCCUCUUACCGCUAACGCAGAGAUCGCGCCUUUGGAGAGGUCGAAUACCGGCUGGGUUCCGACUAGUCUUACGCAGCCUGCUCAAGUCAACCUUGCCGCGGGCAACCUUACCCCGGAUGUUGUGCAAAGAAAGGUCAAGGCAGCUCUCAACAAGAUGACUCCCGAGAAAUUCGACAGAAUCGCCGAUCAGAUCCUCGAGAUUGCCAAGCAAUCCGAGAACGAGACCGAUGGCAGAACCCUGCGCCAGGUCAUCCAGCUCACCUUUGAGAAAGCUUGUGACGAGGCUCACUGGGCUUCCAUGUACGCCAAGUUCUGCAAGCGCAUGCUUGAGACCAUGUCCCCGGCCAUCAAGGAUGAGGAUGUGCGCGACAAGAACGGCAACCCCGUCCUUGGUGGUAACCUGUUCCGCAAGUACCUGCUCAACCGCUGCCAAGAAGACUUCGAGCGGGGUUGGGAAGCCAAUCUUCCCAUGAGAAAAGAAGGCGAAAGCGAAGAGGCUGCCAUGCUCAGCGAGGAGUACUACAUUGCCGCCGCUGCAAAGAGAAAGGGUCUCGGUCUCAUUCAGUUUAUUGGCGAGCUCUACAAGCUCGGCAUGCUUACGGUCCGCAUCAUGCACGAGUGUGUCAUGAGGCUGCUGAACUUUGAGGGAGUCCCUGACGAGUCUAACAUUGAGUCGUUGGUCAAGCUGCUGAGGACCGUUGGUGCCACCAUGGAGACCAGCGAGGCUGGUGCCCAGAUGAUCCGCGCCUACUUUGAGCGGAUCGAGAAGGUCAAGGACCUGCCUGCCCUCCCCAGCCGUAUGCACUUCAUGCUGCUCGAUUUGGUGGAAUUGAGGAGGAAGGGCUGGAAGUCGAAGGACGAUGCCAAGGGUCCCAAGACUCUCCAGGAGAUCCACGAAGAGGCCCUCAAGGCCCAGCAGCAAGCCGAGCUCGAGAGGUCACGCAACCCGCCCCGUGGCGGCGGCGGCGGCCGGCCGGCCAUGGGCCGAGGCGACGUUCGCUCCUUCUCUGGUGGCGGCAUGAUGCCCCCGCCGGACUACAAGCACAACACUCUGGGCAUGGACGACCUCAGAAAACUAUCCAAGAACGCGUCUGGUCGCACCUCGAGCUCUGGUACUGGCACUUUCGGACCUUCCGCCCUAUUUGCCGGUCGCAGCAGCAGCGGCCGUAGGAACCUCGGCCCUGGUGGCGGUUUGAACAGGACUGGCGACGACUCGGGCAACUCUUCCCGCACCGGAACCCCACCUGUCAAGGAGAAGGAUGCCCAGCCUACGCACACGAACUCGUUCAGUGCGCUAGCAGCUCUUGAAGCCGGAGAUGACAACCAUGAAGCCGCGUCUCCAGAGCCGAGCAAGGUCCAGCCAGCCACGGCAGGCGGCGAGAAGAAGGAAGGUGCUGGGGCAUAG